AUGAGACCCCGCCUCAAACCUCUCAAGCGUCGUCCUAAAGUCACCUUCAUCAAGCGCGCAGCCGACAUGGCUGCCUCGGCUCAAAAUCAGGCCGGCGCAUCUCCACGACCGGAGAGCGACGUAGAUGAAGAGUUUAUUGACUACGAGAGUGACGUUGACGUUCACCCAAAUUCCGUCGUGCCGGAGCUGUUCACGACGCCUCCGCCCGUCCGCGAUGCGCUCACGACGGCCACCUCCAAGGUCCAGGACGAGACAGUGCAGCAGUGUGUCCCACUGCUGGCUGCAACGGACCCGGAAAUUGAGUACAACGACCAUGGGGUUCCUGCACUUCUCCGCGACAACCACAUCAAGUUCCUUCAGAAACAGCUGGGGAGAUUCCCCGCCCCGUACGUGGCCGCCGAUGCCAGCCGGCCGUGGUUCCUGUACUGGUCCCUCAACGCCUUGGCUCUGCUUGGCUACGACACAGCAGUGUAUAGAGAGGACCUGAUCAAAACGGUGGGGACCAUGCAGAAUCCCGGCGGUGGUAUCGGUGGCGGCCACGGUCAGAACUCCCAUCUCGCUACGACCUAUGCCGUUGUGCUUGCUCUUGCCAUUGUCGGCGGAGAAGAUGCAUACGAUGCCAUUGAUAGGAAGGCCAUGUGGCGAUGGAUCUGCUCUCUCAAACGGCCGGAAGGCGGCAUUCAGAUGACAUUGGGCGGAGAGGUCGACGUCAGGGGAGCAUACUGCGCGGCCGUCAUUGUCACCCUACUAAACCUUCCUCUCGAUCUUUCUACCGACUCGCCGGCCUGGACGCCUGAGCGACCCACGCUCUUCACUGGAUUGGCGGAUUAUGUACGCAGAUGUCAAACAUUUGAGGGUGGAAUAUCGGGAAAGCCGGAUGGUGAAGCGCAUGGCGCAUACGCUUUCUGUGCGCUGGGCUGCCUCUCAAUUCUGGAUACUCCGCAUCGCAUCAUCCCCAAAUACCUCGAUGUGCCACGACUUAUCUCUUGGCUCUCGUCACGGCAGUAUGCUCCAGAGGGGGGCUUCUGCGGCCGUACAAACAAGCUUGUUGAUGGCUGCUAUAGCCACUGGGUCGGCGGGUGCUGGCCACUGAUCGACGCUGUAUUGAAGGGUGCGAGCGAGCUUGAGGAUUAUCCAACCGGUGGCCACUUCGCUCCCCACAACGGCAGCUUAUACAGUCGAGAAGGUUUAAUCCGUUACAUCUUAUGUUGUGGUCAAGACCGGUCCAAACGCGGCGGCCUUCGCGAUAAACCCAGCAGGCCAUCGGACGCAUACCACACCUGCUACGUGCUCUCCGGACUGAGCUCUGCGCAGCACCAGUGGGAUCUCACAUAUGUCAACGAAGACGACACGAUCCUACCGGAGCCCAAAUGGGUUGUGUCGCCGUGCAUCGAGGGUGCACAGAUAUUUGACGAGGAGGACCGCAUCGGGACGAUCCACCCCGUCUAUGCCAUCCCUCAAGAGAGUGUCAGCGACAUGAAGGCGUAUUUUGCAUCCAAGCAGGGAUUUUAG